AAAAUCUCUGACUACGCAGCUGCCGGGAGAGUCAAAGACGUGUUCGAGUGGAUUGAAAGAGGUGGGGACAUCAACGCCAGCGACGACAUGGGCCAGACUCUGUUGCACGUCGCUUGUCAGGAACAGCAAGAAGAGGUUCUCAAAAAGCUCCUCGAACACCCGGGUAUUCAUUUCAACCCCACCAUGAAUCCGAAGAUGGGCCUGACCCCAGUGGGCAUCGCGGCUUCCUUGGACAGCACCAGGAUUCUGGAGAUUCUGCUGAGCUGUGCAAAGUCCCAGAAGUGCGUCCUGAGCCACUCCUUCCUGACGGAGAAAGGCCAGAAAAACGUCAGGACGUCGACCAUCAUCGCUGCGACGCAGAACCACAAGUGGGAAGCCGUCAGACUCCUCCUCCAGCACUACGAGGACAUGACCGAGUGGGAGGCCUUCCACGUCUUCGGGAAAUCGCUCGAGGGGUACCAGUACGACAUCGCCGAAACGGUCAUCCUGGGACACUUCCCCUUCCGAGAGCAGGACUUCAGCCCCUGCGUCCAGGACCUCUACUACAACAAGAGGUGGAGCCUGCUGGAGGCCACCUUCAGCAAGAACGUCCGUCAGGACAACGACAGCUGCCUGCGGGUGUUCCACCCGAUGUUCGUCAGGAGGGAUUGGGCGAACGUCGAGAAGUACCUUCGCUUGCUGAACGGCGAGGCCACCGUCCUCCGUUCAGACCUGGUGGAGAACGUUUGCGAGAGGAAUAAGGUCGAGGUGGCGAGGAUCCUCGAGACUUACCGAGACGACGAGGGCGUCGCCACAGGGGCGCUUCUCGCCGCCUGCGUCGGGGGCACUAGCGAAGAGAUAGCGGAGCUCUUACUUCGUCAGGAGGAAGGGAGCGUUCCCUUCUCCGACCGGACGCUGGACAACGCCUUCCUGCUCGCCUCGAUGUUCCACAGCAUCGAGUUCAUUCAGAGCCUCCUGCUCGUCAGGAGGUUCAGCCUCAAGAUGCUCCUGAGGACGCUGAGGGGGUGUAAGAAUCCGGCGAGGUCGGAUGUCAUGGUGCUCAUUAGUAAACUCCUCGACGGGAGAGUGAAGGAAUUCUCAGACGCCAAUCUCGUGGAUAAGACAUCGAGCUGAUCUCCCUUCCAAUGGCCCCCUUCUUUAACCACAGUUUCUGCCACUUCUCGGCCCUUCUUCGACGCUACCUUGUUCCCAGGUCAUCCAGACACGUGGGGACCAACCACCUUCGCAAGAUUUGGGCAAUAGAGCAAAAUCGUGUUGACGUAUCUUUACGACCAAUAAACCUUUUUAUCUAAAUAGCAAACCCUUGUUUUCGUAACGUCCAAUACAGCUUACGAUUCCGCCAUGAAUAUAAAUGAAAAAUUGGCUUUCGUCGUCAGAUAUCGUAUAGUUUUAGAGCCAAGACGAGACAACGGUACAGUACGGUAAGGUAAGGUACAGUUGAUGUUCGUUCAAAAUACUGCAUGAAACUACGGUACUGUAGUGUUGUUCGGAGUACGGUAAAAAAAAAUGUUUCAUUGGAAAUGGAUCAAUAUACCCAAAAUAUGAUCAAUUCUCUCUCUCUCUCUCUCUCUCUCUCUCUCUCUCUCUCUCUCUCUCUCUCUCUCUCUCGUCAUAGCAACAAUUUAAGUAGUUAUGGGCGCCCGCCCGCCCGCAGAAAACUAGUUUUAGCUUAGUAAUUAAUUUUUAAUUAUGACUUUAAAAAUUACGGUAAUAUAAUUAUCGAAGUUAGUUACUAAGGUUCAAUUUGGUAUAUAUCACAAAACUACUUCAAGAAAUAAAAACAAUAAUAUGUAUUUUCAAAGUGCUUAAUAUUUUUAAUUAUAUUAAGAUCUCGCUUGAUAAAUGGGAUUCAAACUUCUUCCAUUAAAAAAAUUAGUGGAAUUAUUCUGUCAAAA